AUGGCGUCUGAAUCAAACGAUCUUCAUGGCAUGGUCCCAGAUUCUAAUGAUACAGUGCUACUACUUAUUGAUGUUAUUAAUCAUUUAGAUUUUCCAGGAAACGAAGAAUUAUUACCAAUAGCUGAAGAAAUUGGUAAACGUAUUGCUAAGUUAAAAGAAGCAGCACAUAAAGCUGGUAUACCAGUAGUUUAUGUUAACGAUAAUUUUGGUAGAUGGACAUCAGAUUUUCAUAAUGUUAUUGAAUAUGUUAUCAAUGAAAAUAAACCUGGUAAACCAUUAGCUCAACUAUUACAACCUGGUCCAGAUGAUUAUUUUGUUCUCAAACCAAAGCAUUCAGCUUUUUAUUGUACUCCACUUGAUAUUUUACUCAAUCAUUUAGAUGCAGAAACAAUAAUUUUAGCUGGUUUUGCUGGAAAUAUAUGUGUUUUAUUUACAGCUAAUGAUGCUUAUAUGAGAAAUUUGAAAUUAAUUGUUCCAAGCGAUUGUAUUGGAUCAAAUACUGUUGAAGAAAAUAACAUUUGUUUGGAACAAAUGCACAAAUUACUUAAAGCUGAUAUCCGACCGUCAGAUGAAAUAAUCAAAGAAAUUAACCAAAUGCCAAAAAAUGAAAAAACUGAAGCACAACGAGCACAAAAACCGAAAAAAGUUAUGAAGAAAUAG